CUUCAAAACUGUAACAUUUAUUUCGUUUCAAACGACAAUCCUUAAAACAACAAUCAUGAAGUGCAUCGCAGCUGUAGUCAUGAUGGCCGUCGCUUUCGCCGUUGCUGAAGGAUCUAUUCUCCCACUGUCCUGGACUGGUCCACUGGCUCUGGCGGCUCCACAAACUACCGUCAUUCAGCAGAACUUGGGAGCCCCUCUGCUGCACGCUGCUCCAUGGGCUCAUACCAUUGCUGCUCCAGCCAUUAGCCACGCUAUCCACGCCUCGGUUAUCCCAACCAUCCCAAUCGUUCAACAGCCAACCAUUGCCGUGAUUGCCCAGAAGGAGGGCCGCUAUCUGGCUGCCACCCGUGGAGCCAUUCAUGAUGCCCCACUCGCCGGGCAUGCCAUCUCCCAGCAAUCGCUGAAUCUGGCUCCAGCCCCAGGAACGUUGUAAACUCUGUGCUGCGCAGGAGUAUACCAUGGUCAUGAGACAUUUGUUCAUUUAUUAUAGAUUUUAUGUAGAAUGUUGAUG